AUGUGGACUUUGUCAACAUCAGCCCCGCUGGUGGAGAGCACGCAGAAUCUGGUGUCGAAUCAGGAUGUGCUGAAUAUCAACGGGGCCGCCGAGGCGUCUGGCAACAGCACGCGUGACACGGAGGAGGCUGACGGAAGUGAGAAGCACUUUCAGACGGUGCGCGGCGAUCAGGGUGUGUUUGAGGAGCCCAUUGUGGUGGAUGACGAUGAGGAGAACACGGUGGGAUCCAAGGCGUUCCCCGAUCAGGAGCCCAAAGAGGUCAGAAUCAUCCCCACGAGAGAAUAUCUUCCUCAGCUCGACGUGGAAGCCACGCCCAAGAGUAUAAAUGUGCAGAUAAUCGAUGAUCACAACAAUGGACAAUUCCUCAAGGAGACCACCUUCACCACAAGCACCACUCCCGCCGUGGACACCACCAGACACUUCCUCACCACCAACAGAGUGUCAAAUAAUGUCCUCGCGCCCAUUCAAGCUGGCCUGAGACUCUCAAACUCCGACGAAGACUGCGACGAUGCUGAGGACAUCAAGAAAUCCACUGAGAGAACCACGCAGAAGACCAUUGUGGAAGUGCAGAAGAGCGUCAAUGUGAAGAACAUCGUGAUCACGGAGAAGAAGCAUCCCGAUCGACCAAUCUUCGGGCUGAGAACAAAGUGUCGCAGUGGGAAUUGCGACGCUCCGCCACCGCCGCCGAUCAUUAUUGAGAAGCCCGUGGAUCGGAUCAUCAAGCAGAAGGUCAUCGUGGAGAAGCCUGUCCCAGUGGUAGUGAAUCGCGUGGUUCCCACGCCGGUUCCCGUGCACGUGACGGUGGAGAAGAAGGUUGAGGUGCCGAAGGUGAUCGAGAAACCUGUGCCGUAUCCAGUGGAAGUGCAGAAGAUCAUCGAUCGGCCGUAUCCUGUGGACAGAGUGGUGGAGAAGAAGGUGCCUGUGCCCUAUCCUGUCGAUCGGAUUGUGGAGAAGCCCGUUCACAUCACUCAGUUUGUCGAUCGGCCGUAUCCGGUGGAGAAACACAUUCACGUGCCGGUGGAGAAGAUCGUAGAGAAGCCAGUGACGGUGGAGAAGGUGGUGGAGAAGUUGAUUGAUCGUCCUGUGCCAUAUCCUGUGGAGGUGAAGAAGUUCAUUGACCGUCCUGUUCCCGUUGAGAAGAUCGUGGAGAAGCAAAUCAAGGUUCCCUACCCGGUCGAGGUGAAGAAGUACAUAGACAGACCCUAUCCAGUGGAGAAGAUCGUCGAGAAGCCCAUUCACGUGCCCUAUCCAGUUGAGAAAGUCGUUGAGAAGAUCAUCGAUCGACCUGUGGAGGUGGAGAAGGUCGUGGAGAAGGAAGUUCAAGUGCCAGUGGCUGUGGAGAAGGUCAUUGAGAAGAUUAUCGAUCGUCCAGUGCCUGUUGAAGUGGAGAAGAUCAUCGAUCGACCGUAUCCAGUUGAGAAACUCGUGCAUGUUCCCGUUCACAUACCCUACCAAGUACCUGUUCAAGUACCUGUCCAAGUGCCCGUGCACAUUCCCGUGCAUGUGGAGAAGGAAGUGCCCUAUCCCUACGCCGUGCCUGUGCCAAUCAACAAGCACAUCCACCACACGAAAUACAUCAGCCAUGCAGUUGUACCUGUGGCCCACUACAAGGCCAAGCCGUUCUUCUUCAAGACACCUCAAAUCAAGCACGUCCAUCUUGAGCAUCUGCCCGUGAAGCACCAGCCAAGCUGGCCACUCACAGCCACCUCCACCGUGCUCCAUCCCAUCGCCCAGCCCAGCGUCACGAAGCACAUUCACCUCAACAGCCCGUCGACAAUCAAGGUGAACGCAGAUGCAUCCAUUUCCGCCCUCUAUGGCCACCCCCCGCAGAAGCUGAAGCCCAUCUACGGAGACUUCUUCACCCAUCACGAGCCGAAGACAACGCACUUCAACGUUCACAUCAACGAUCACGCUCUCGGAGGCUAUGCCGGCCACUUUGGAUACCACAGUGGUCAUGGAGCCGAUGCAGCGCCCCACGAGAGCUACUCCACAGGCGUGAUCUUCAAGGACGACUACCUGGGUCCGCUGCCCCUGAAGACCGACUACUGGGGCUACAGCGCGAACCUGCCGCGCUUCAAGUACCGGCGCAACCUGGACUACUUGAAGAACAUCCGGUGGGAGUACGGGUUCAAGCCACCCCUCGUGCCAUCGCCAGAGAUCGACGAGCUGGGCAACCCGAUCAACAAGGACGCCAAGGAGACAUGA